GGCGGGCGGGGCGCGUGGCCGUGACGUCACCGCGCGCGACCCCUGUGGUGGCCGGGCCGCGAUGGCGGCUCCCCCGGAGGCCUCGGCGGAGGACCCAGGGCGGAGCUUUGUGCGCGUUUUGGAGAAGCGAGACGGCACCGCGCUGCGACUGCAGCAGGGCGGCUCCGGCAGCGUGGGCUGCGUUGUCUGGGACGCUGCCAUCGUCCUGUCCAAGUUCCUGGAGACGCCCGGGUUCUGCGGCGCAGGGGCGCGCGCGCUGCGCCGGCGGGCGGUGCUGGAGCUGGGCGCCGGCACCGGGGCCGCGGGGCUCAUGGCGGCCACCCUCGGGGCGGACGUCACCGUCACCGACCUGGAGGAGCUGCAGGGCCUGCUGAGGACCAACAUCGCGAUGAACCGGCAUCUCGUCACCGGCUCUGUGCGGGCCAGGGCGCUGAAAUGGGGGGAAGAAAUAGAAGACCUUCCUUCUCCGCCAGACUACAUCCUCAUGGCCGACUGCAUCUACUACGAGGAGUCUUUGGAGCCACUUUUGAAAACCCUAAAAGAUCUCAGUGGAUCUGAGACUUGUAUUAUAUGUUGUUACGAACAACGAACAAUGGGAAAAAAUCCAGAAAUCGAGAAAAAAUAUUUUGAGCUCCUUCAACUAGACUUUGACUUUGAAAAAAUUCCUUUGGAAAAACAUGAUGAAGAAUACCGAAGUGAAGAUAUUCACAUUUUAUACAUCAGAAAGAAAAAAUCGAAACUUCCAUCGUGAAAUCUAGUCACCUUACCCAAGCCUCUAACAACGUGGGUAAGCUAAUGAUGUGAAUGGAGCACGUGAAUACAGCAUGGGAAGAUUGUGUUCAUAGAUUUUUCCAGCAUGUCCUUAGGGAUCCGACGUACAGACAACCACCACGGGCCGCCUGCAAUACGAAAAUUGACUGACUGACUGCCUGCCUGCCUGCCAACGGGCCUGAAAUCCGAUUUAGUUUACUUUUAGCUGGGCAUCUGGUCCUGCUUAAAAGAAACGUUGUGUUAUCAGUCACUCCUCAAAUAAAAAUAGGUACUGAGAUUAGCCUAAAGUCUGCCAAAAAUAGUGAAGUAGGAUAGUUGACUUGGUGUAUUUUCAGGAAACUAGAGACAAGUUGAUCUGGUUUCUAAAGAGAGAUAUCAGUUGCUAUAUGAUGUUUAAAUUCAAAUCAAUAAAUUUUAGUUUGUCUUCAAGGUAAAUUUAAAAGAAGGUUUUAUUUUAACGUAUUCAGGCAGUGGUUUUUAUCAUAAGUAUCUUCCACUUCGUUGCUUUUAAAAUAGCUUUAAUACUUGUGUUCUUUUACUUUAAAAAAAAAAAUGAAAAUACUGUUUAGUGGCCAAAGUUCUGUGUUUUCCCUUCACCAUACUGACUAGAGUAUAAUUUACUAUGUGAGUUAGAUAGUAAGUUAUUAGUCAGUUGAUAAAGAUGAAAGUAAGAAAUCGGGAGAUUGGGAGGGAGGAAAAGGUAUGGUUACAAAAUUUCUGAUUUGAGUGGAGUGAGAAGAAGACGCCCCCUUCAGGCGCAUGCAUGUACGUGGCUCAUGCACUUUUCCUCAUGGAGCUUCCAGGAAAAUGUGGCUGAAAUCACUGGUGUUAACUUGUUUAUAUGAAACAGAGAAAGGCAUUUAAAUAGCUACGCGUGUCGUUCUGUAUACAUUUAUCAAAUGACUUUGAUUCUAUGUGGUCUCUGUUUUAUGUUCUCAUGGUGAUCAUCCAUUCACUGACUGAUCUGUCAGGACUUCAGCGGCACCAGUUCCAAAGCGUAAUAGCAACCAGAUGGAAUUCUGGUCCUCACAGGCACUGGUGCUCGGUGGCACAAUUUAUGUGUUAAAAUAAACAUUGUUUUUGAGA